AUGGUCGACUAUGCCCUGCUUUUUUUGCCUGACGAUGACGUGCAGUCCAGAAUCGAUUCAUUGCUUGUCCAACAGAAACAUCGGACAAUCAACCAGACAGUGUACGAAGCCUUGAGAACGCGACCAGCUCCAGUCUUUAUCGAAACCAAGGCGUCAACAGGCACAGUAGCUAGCAGCCAUGUCCAGCUAGCUAUCUGGACAGCAGCAUGGCAGGAACGUCUACGGGCCAUAACCACUCGCCGAAAACUAAUAACUGUCCCUGUCUUUCAAGUGUACGGCAACGUCUGGCAAGUUUUGUUCGCCGUGGAUAAUGGACAUGAGAUGGUGAGUCUUUGUCAAUUGUCAAAGAUUGGAGACACUUCUACCAUCCUGGGCAUGUACCAGCUCCGAGCAGCUCUGGCAGUUGUGGCGAAGUGGGUGGAAAAUGAUUUUCGGGAUUGGAUAUCGGGGUUUUUAAGCGAUGCAGCAAUGAUACCUUGA